GAUAUUACAAUGCUGCCCCGCUUGCAGAGAAGAUGCGGGACGUCGACCCGGACUUGCGAUUCAUGGCGAUGAACGACUUCAUUACGGACAUGCGGUCAGGAGGGUUGAGCUUUGACACGCAAAGCGAGUCUACGCUCGUAGACGAGGUUUUGAAGCACAUGGACGAUAGCAACUCGGAGGUGAAGAACUUGACCGUCAAGUGCGUGGCCUUGAUGAUCAAGCUGGUAAGCGAGCAGAAGAAGGAGCUUAUCAUGAACUCUCUUGUUGGAUAUCUUGGCGGGAACAAAGACGACGUUCGAGAUUUGACCAGUCUGGCUUUGAAGACGAUAACGAUGGAGAUUCCAACAGUUGGUCCCCUUGCGAACCUUGUAGCAAAUACGCUCGUCCCGCAACUGCUUGUCAUACUCAAGAACCCCAACACCAAACCCGAACUCAUCCUCGAGUCUCUGACUGUUCUCACAACCGUACUAUCACGACUAUCUGCUCCCUUGACCAAGACUCCCGACCAACUGCAACAAGCAUUUGACAUUCUUCGGAAUCUGCUGGACCACUCGCGUGUCGCUGUACGGAAGCGUGCGAUCGUUGCCUUAGCUAAUCUCAUUCCCCUUACAUCACCGAAAACAUUCCAACCAUUGUUAGAAGCCCUUUUGACAGCGUUCUCCAACCCUGCCAUAUCCGUUUCUCAACGAACUACCGCUGUCCAACUACUCGCGGCGGUUGGUCGGCAUGCUCCAGAUCGACUCGCGCCCUCUGCCCCAGCAAUCGUCGAGUCACUCAUUAGUGCUCUGGAAAGCGGCGCUAAGGAUGAGGAUGAGGAGUCAGAAAGGAAAGAGAUGGAGGAGCUCAAGGAAGGUGCCUUGCAGGCUCUGGAACAGCUUGUCUUGGGUUGCGGCAAAGAGGUGACACCGAUGUUGGUGCAGAUAUGUGCGGUAGGGGUAGAGUUGAUGAAAUAUGACCCCAACUACGCAGGGGAUGCUAUGGACGAAGAUGAGGACGAGGUGGAGGAAGAUGAGGAAGUGGAUGACGAGGAGUAUGAUGAUGAUGAGGACACGUCAUACAAAGUACGACGAAGUGCGCUGAAAGUGCUCCUUGCUGUCAUUGGCACUCGACCAGAGUUGCUGCAAACGCUAUACAAGUCUGUUGGGCCCGCGCUCGUCUCUCGCUUUGCCGAUAGGGAAGAGAGCGUAAGGAUCGAGGUCUGGGCGACGCUCACCGCGCUUGUGAAGCAAGCUGGCGUAUAUGGCUCCGAAGGCGGCUCUCCUCGACCUGGCAAAAGGAAACGUGAGGAAGAGGGUAUGGAGGUGGUGGAGGACGAAGGUGGUUUAUCUCAGCUCCGGCAGCUAGUACCAGCUGCGACCAAGUCCCUGCUCAAACAGCUCACGUCGAAAUCAAAUGCUGCGACGCUCACGUCUGGCUUCACCUUGCUACAAACGAUAAACGCUACUCUUCCAGGGGUGCUCGCCCCAUUCUCCACCCCUCUUCUUUCCCUCAUGGCCAAGCUGCUCAGUGGCCCAUCUGGCUCUCGAACUCCGGAGUUGACUGCACAGUUGCUGCAGUUCCUUACCCAGUUCUUCGCUGCAAGCCCACCUCGGUCUUUCGGCGAAUCCCUCAAUACUGUAGCACCUGCAUUGCUCAACCUCCUUGGGGAUCGCUUCCCUCGUGUAGCUGGUGAAGCUUUCCGUGCGGCAGGGGAACUUGUCAAGGCUGUCAAGAUGCUUCCUCCAAGUCAUCUAGCGAAGCGAUACGCGGAGCGCAUAUAUACGGAGACCGUUCGUCGCCUGAACAUCGCUGACACGGACGCAUUCGUCAAAGAGCGUGCUCUGGAGUUUUUGGGCGACGUCGUUAGCGCUGCUGGAGAAGUUGCCAAAGACGAUCAGUGGAUGAACCUUCUCCGAGCUAGAGGCGAGAUGCAGGCCAUCGGACUGCAUGUUGUCGAGCGUGUUGUACGCGAUGGUGCUGAUGGAGUUGACAAAGCGAAGUGGGAGGCAUGGCUCGACGAAGACGUCGAUUGGUGUUUGGGUGUUAUAAGGCGUGGUCCUCGAAAUCAGCGCGUAGAGGGAUUCCCUUGUCUUCAGCAACUGCUCAAGCGCAAAGGUGCCUCUCUUGCUCCCGAAACGGCAACUCAAGUGAUUCAAACACUUACUGCACACUUGGUGGACGACGAUCUCCUUGUCCUUUCGCUGUCCCUGUCCACGCUCACCCUUACCCUCACCGUCUUGCCCCUCGCCUGGCAGACUGUUGAGCAGACCACGCUCUCUCGCAUCUAUUCGCUAGCGCUCUCAGGUAUCUCCGGUUCGGUCGAGCCCCUGCUCGCGUUCAUCGCCGCACUCGUGCGAGCCGACAACCAGAUUGCAAACCACAUUGUGCAGAACCUACUUAUCCAAUCUACCAAGGGACAGAUGGGAGACAAGGCAGGCAAGGGUGCUAUGGCUGGAUACGCGACCGUGGCGAAAUGUAUCGCGGUAUGCGUACGGGGAAGCCCGCAGGAUGCUGCUGGUGUGAUCACCACGUUCGCAAAGCCGCUUCGAACUGGAAAGAAGGAGAAUGAUUCGGCAGUCGUUUUGGCCUUACUGACCUUGGGCGAGAUUGGGCAGUUCGUGGAUAUGUCUGAUCAACCAGAUGUCUUCAACCAUUCUCUUAAUCUCUUCAGAUCGUCCUCUGAACAAGUGAGAAUAGCGGCAUCGUCCGCGGUUGGGGGCAUUGCUGUUGGAAAUAUCCAGAUGUUCCUUCCUGUCAUCGUCCAGGCUUUACAAGGAGAGGAACACAGUCGGCUGUCCGCUUUGCAUGCUCUUCGAGAAGUCGUCACACAUGGGCCCAGGCAUCAGCUUGAGCAUAUGGCGGACCAGUUAUGGGAGCCUCUGUUUGCUAGUACUACGAGCGAGGACGAAAGCUUGAAGAACAUCGCUGCUGCAUGCUUAGGCAGGCUCACCACAACCUGCCCUGCCCGCUUCUUGCCCCGUCUUCAGGCUUCCAUGGCGCGUGAGAAUCCUCCCGCGGUCAAGGCUGCCGUGGCAACCGCUAUGCGUUAUGUUUUCAUGGAUAACACGCAAACCUACGACGAUUUACUACAGCCUAUUAUUUCGCCUUAUUUCACGCUUCUUCGUGACACUGAUAUCAAUGUGCAACGCCUCGCAAUUGUUUCUCUGAAUGCCGCAGCCCGUCAUAAAUCCCACCUCGUUCGCCCACACCUCCCCAAUAUCCUGCCAGAUCUUUAUGCCCAAACUCAUGUCCGCGAUGAAUUGGUGCACACUGUGGUCAUGGGACCAUGGAAGCAUCAAAUCGACGACGGUUUAGAAGCCCGCAAGGCAGCUUACGAAGCUAUGUAUACCCUCUUGGACACCUGCCUUGGUGCUAUAGACCUGCAAGAGUACAUCAAUCGUGUCAUUGCCGGUUUAAGCGACAAGGACGAAAUCAAGGCGCUCUGCUAUAUGAUGCUUUUCAGACUGUCGCAAGUCGCACCGACUGCCGCCGUCCAGCGCCUUGACCAGAUAUCCGUACCCCUCGAAGACACCAUGAAAGCGCCUGCAACUACGAAGGAUACGGUGAAGCAGGAUUUGGAGAGGGCGACCGAAUUGCAGCAGAGCGCUGUCAGGGCCCUAGCUGCUUUGGUGAAAGCUGGUGGUCUGGGACACUCAGCACGGUUCGACGUGGUGGUGGAGAACACGAAGAAGGGGCCUCUUUCUCAUGAUUUCAAUGAGCUUGUGUCGAAAUGAAUGGUAGUCGGUGGCCAGUGUGCUGAUGAAUAAUGUAUUAAUGGAUGAAUCCAAGC